AUGCUUCCAGAAAGGGCACCUUUGUUACUCUCAGCCGAGGACGCGAGGACUUCCUCCUCCUCCUCUUCGUCUUCCUCCUCUUCUUCCUCUGCGAAUUUGAAGAAGGGUAUUGUCGCGGUCGUCGUCUCCGCGGUCGGCUUGACGUUUGCGAUUGCAUCAUCGUCGGGGAAAAAUGCAUCUCUGGUUUCUGGCCAACACCACUUUUUAGGCGCGUAUCCACCGGAAACGUACGCCAGAGACACGUCCAAGUACGAUUUGAACUUACAAUCGAAGACGGAAGGCGAAGAGCUGCCGAUUUUUGUGCACAUUCCGAAAGCUGGAGGGACGUCGGUGGAGUCUAUGGUUGGCCAAGCGGGAGGGAAGAUUGGUUCGUGCAACUCGGGCGAUACCGCGGGGAAGAGACCGUUUGAGUUAUCGGAACCUUGGGUGAGAGGUGGAUCGGAAGAUAUGCACACCCCACCGGCGACGUAUUUGGAAAACGGGUUUACUACGGUGAGAAAUCCGUACACGAGAAUGGAGUCGGAAUUUUUGUGGGGGGUGGCGAGGUAUACGCCGGACAAGUACGACGAGAUGGCGGUUGGCUAUAGCGAGGACACUUGUAGAGAGUUUGCGACCUUUAUUAAAGACGUGAGCAAUUUUGCCACGGGACAUCCGCUGUUGUCGUGUUAUUUAGAAAAUCAUUACUCGCCGGACGGGAUGCAAGAGUGUAACGCGCAGUAUUUUCCAACCGCGUCGGUGCCGUUGGCACACUCGCACCACGUGCCGCAAUACGUGUUGGCGAGGAAAGUGAAGACGGUUUUCCCGUUGGAAACGUGCGUGCAAAAAGAAAGUGGGACGUGUGUGGACGUGAACGUGGAGUCAUCGACGUACGGGAAGACUAUGCCGAACUUGUUGGCGUAUUUGCAACAUUACUUUUCGCCGAAGAUUACGUAUUACGAAGGUAACGGAGUUGGGUUGAGAAAGGAUUUAAAGAAACCGAGCGUGAAAGGUUGCUGGACAGACGGAAGCAUCGACGCAGAAACGUUAGGCAAGUUUCAGUUGGGAUACUCUCCCGAUUUCAGGGCGUAUGGGUACGAUUUGAUGCCGCCGCAGAUGGACGGAGACACCGCGGCGCUAGGGGGGAUAAAUUACGAACACCCCGCGGUGAAAGCGGUGAGUAAGAGUUUGGAAACCGUUGAGAAUCUUUUUGCGUCGUCGUCGUCGUCGUCACCAAAGGCAGAUACCGAAGAGACGGCAAGUUUGGCGUCUUCCAGGCAUCGCAGCGGCAAACACAAUCGACACAUGAACUCUGAAGUUUCCGCGAAUUUAGGCAGCGAAAGACUGUUGGCCAAAGAUAUCGAGUUCUUUCCCACCUGCCCGAUUUAA